AUGGGAACUCGCGGGUAUUACGUGCUCCGCUAUCGGAACAUUUAUUUCGCUCAAUACCACAACUAUGACAGUUAUCCAGAUGGGCUUGGCGUAAAGGUGCUUCAAUCUAUGCAAUUUCCCAAUGCCAUCACGACCUAUCUACAGAUGUUGGGAGAGAUACUAGAUGGGCUGAGAAGUCUAUCUGAAAUAUUGAUAGAACGCGGUGAUGAUUUCUCCCCCCCAUCCUGGCAGCGGCCAGAAAACGACAUCUUUAUCGAAUGGAUCUACGAGAUAGAUGUUGAUCGCAAUAUCUUCCACAUAAAUGGAACGCCUUUUUUCUCCUUGGAAUGCCUUCCAGACGAGGGUGAUUUUAUCCAAUAUAUCUCCAAAGAUCAUUACGGCAACCUAGCUUGUGCGUUGCGAUGCCCCCCUGAGCACAGGUACAAGAGGCCAGCACCACCGACCGUCAGUAAUUCUGACCUCGCAACGUACCAAUCUUCCGUGUGCACUGGAUCUCACGUGGCUUUGAGCGAUCUGCUCGCCACUAAUGAUUUUUUAUCUCCAGACGAGCGCAUUCGAGUCUUAUUGCUAGAGGUCAUGAUUGGGUAG